CUUGGAUAUUAUUUUCUGUCUACCACUACGCAGGACAGAGAACAGAGUCAACCUGAUAAUAUUCCCCGGUUUACGGCUCAUUAAUUGAAAUCUACCAUGACGGGCCCCGACCAUCCCUCCAAGCGCCGCCGGCGAGACACGAAUGGCUACAAAAUGAUGUCGCCCAUUGAAUCCUCCUCCGACGAACUCGCCGCGGGCUCCGACCAUGAAGCCGAACGCCGCAGAGCCAGCUGGUCCAUCCAAAAGGUCUACCCUCCCAAACGGCCAUAUCCCCGAUCGCGCAGUUUCAGCGGCUCAGAAAGUCCCGACGAGCUGGCGGUCGAUGCGGAUGUGUACUGGCGGUCGCGCAACCGGGGUCGUAGCCCGUCGCACGAGGGGAGUGAGGGGGACGAGGAAGAUGAGGAUGAGGAGGAAGGCGAGGAAGGGGACUUGGAUAAUGAGAAUCAGUCGAGGGGUGGGGGGUAUUCGGAUCGAUCGCCUACGCCUGUGCCUCCGCCUCCUCCGCCGCCGCCGCCUAAACCGGAGAAGUUGAAUUAUAGAGAGAAGUAUUUGCUGAGGGGGCAUCUGCGGGGGGUGUCGGCGGUGCAGUUUUCGCCGGAUGCGACGAUGAUUGCGAGUGGGGGUGCCGAUGGAGCAGUCAAGGUGUGGGAUACGUUGACGGGGAAGCUCAUUCAUACAUUCGAGGGGCAUUUGGCGGGUGUUUCUACCAUCUCUUGGAGUCCGGAGGGCGCAACGAUAGCUUCUGGGUCUGACGACAAGACCAUCCGACUGUGGAAUGUGUUGACGGGCAAAGCACACCCCAUCCCCUUUGUCGGCCACCACAACUACGUCUACCAGAUCGCCUUCUCGCCAAAAGGCAACAUGCUAGUGAGCGGUUCCUACGACGAAGCUGUCUUCCUCUGGGACGUACGAUCCGCAAGCGUGAUGCGGUCUCUCCCUGCCCACUCCGACCCCGUCGGCGGCAUCGACGUCGUCUGGGACGGAACCCUCAUCGUCUCCUGCGCGUCUGACGGCCUCAUCCGAAUCUGGGAUACAGCGACAGGCCAAUGUCUCCGGACAAUCGUGCACGAAGACAACCCACCCGUGUCGUCGGUGAAAUUCUCGCCGAACGGCAAAUUCGUCCUCGCCUGGUCGCUGGACGACUGCGUGCGGUUAUGGGAUUAUGUCGAUGGACGGUGCAUCAAGACUUACCAGGGCCAUAUGAACCGGAAGUACAGUCUUUCUGGCGGGUUUGGGAAAUACGGAUUCCCAGGAAUCCCGCCUGAUGCGUUCGCCGUGAGCGGGAGCGAAGAUGGGUCGAUCCUCUGCUGGGAUGUGGUCAGCAAGAAGAUACUACAGCGGAUCGAGGCACAUACCGAUGUCGUUCUGGGGUUGGACACGUGCGAGAUCAACAACAAGCGACUCAUGGUGAGUUGCGGGCUAGAUCGCACGGUGCGAGUAUGGGAGGAGGUUGAAGAAACCGAUGAACAACAAGAAACCGGAACCGAGAAUCAAACCGAGACACAGCCAAAUGGGACAGGGGAAGAAGCCGAACAGUCAAAUAUAGAAACUGUUCCGCAGACAAAUGGCGCGGACGAUAUCCCCAUGACCGACGCAGUUGAGCCUGAGGUUGCGGCUGCGCCUGAAGCAGCAGCAGGAGCUGAAGCCGGCGAUGAGAUGAUGGAAUGAUACGAUUCUGUUCGAUUCGAUUACAUUACAAUAACUUGUAUCUGAGAAAAGGGAUACCCUGGUCACCUGGAGUUUGGAGUUUACGAUAGUGGUUACUAUCUACCUUAUUCUUUGUAUUCUACGUCUAUAUAAUUCCGCAUAUGACACUAUACUGCAUCUACCUAUAUCUACAUCUACAGCACAUUCCA